AUGGCGGCCGAGGACGCUCCCACUCCUCCUACCACCCCCAAGAAGCGUGCCAGGAAGGCGCUGGUCAAGAAUGAGAAGAAGGACGCCAACACUACUGCCAACACCAACGGCGAGGCCACCACCAACGACAACGAUAACGAGAACGAGAAGGGAUCAAAAGCCUCCGCCACACCUAUUUCUCCCUAUCACCCCCAAGAAAAAGCGUACGCCUAA